AAAAUUGCGCUUCAAUUCAAUUCUCUCUUUUUAUAUUCUUCUUUUGCCCUUUUCUUAGCCUUCUUUUCAAACCAAGUUUUUAACCAGUUCUUUAGUACAUGAAAGCACUGCACUUUGAUAUUACUUUCCCUUUUUGCAUGUGUGAUAAUCGAUAACCAUAAAGGAUUAGGAAGAAGGAAAUUGGAGCGGCGAAAUCAAUGACAGAGAUAACUCCGAAUACAUGCUCAAAUGAAAGAAAGGUGAAGCCACAAAAGGACCAUUCCCUUAAUUGUCCAAGAUGUCAUUCAACCAGCACAAAAUUCUGCUAUUACAACAAUUACAGUCUUACUCAGCCAAGAUACUUCUGCAAGACCUGUAGAAGGUACUGGACUGAAGGUGGUACCCUGAGAAAUGUUCCAGUUGGGGGUGGUUCAAGAAAGAACAGAAAAUCUACUUCUUCCUUAUCGUCACCCCAUAAAAUUCCUGAUCUGAACCCUAGUUCAAGCGUUUCACAGUUUACCUCUCUAAACCCUAAAGUCCAUGAUGGACAAGAUCUUACCCUUGCUUAUCAUGGUAUCCCACAGUUUCUUGAAUUUCCUAAGAUUGAGAAUAGCAACACAGUUAAUUGUUUAUCUCUCUCCUCCUCUCCUACUCCACUUUCUGAACUAGAUUUGCUGAGGACUGGAAUUGCUUCACGGGGUUUUAUCCCUACUCCAGCUGUGGAAAGAAACACAGCUUUCGCAUCUGGAUUUCUGUUUCAAGAAUCCAAGCCAGCCAUUGAUUUUUCUUUUGACGGGCUUGGGAUUAAUGCAUAUGGCGAUUCCAAUAAGGGAGAGAACGAAAAUGGUGGAAGAUUAGUGUUUCCUUUUGGAGAAUUGAGACAACACAUGAGCAACAAAGUAGAUCGAAGUAAGGGACAGGAGAAUCCAAAUGGAUACUGGAAUGGAAUGUUUGGUGGAGGAUCUUCUUGGUAAAAAGAAGAGAUGUGCAAGAAAAACAAGAACUUGCACCUUUUUCCUCUUAAUUUUAUUUUCGUUUUUUCCGUUUUCAAUGUCUGUUAGUUGUUUGAAGCUGUGUAGAACUAACAUACUAGAAGAUUGAUAUGGUCUCCUUCCUAUCUACUUCGUUAAAGCAAUCUAUUUGUAGAGCAAUCUAGUGGUGAUUUGAAAUCGCAUGUUUGAUCUA